AUGAAAGCCCGGCAAGCUGGUCAGUCCUCUCCUGAAGCGGAUCAACUCAUGCUGGCGACAUUGCAGACAGCUGAGAACAAGAAGAGCCAGCUGAAUUUAACCAAUGGCCCUCAGAAGACACAGGACUUGAUCCUCUCAGACUACGAGCGGGCGGUCGCUUCAGACUCCUUGAGAGAUCUGCGAGACGUGAGCGUGUACCUGGAGAGCUUGUCACAGUUCUACAGUGCAAUCCCCGAGGUUCCCCAGGAGUUGAGGGAACGGACGUCAUAUGCCCUCCGCCGCGCGGACUAUUUGCGAGCCUGUUCACAGCAGGGCGUGCAUCCAGAGGCCCCCACCCCACCGCGCCUGCAACAGCCUGCAUUGCCUCCCCCCCCAAUCCGCACCAGCACCUGUAGCAGCUCCUGCGCCCGCCCCUCCAGCACCGGCAGCUCCACCACCUGCUGCAGCGGCAGCUCCACCACCUGCAGCACCGGCAGCUAA